AUGAUUUUGCUGAGCAGCUUCUUGCACCUGCGGCCUCGGCGCUGCGGCCCUUUCGCAGGGCUGGGCAGGGGCUCCAGCCCCGCAGCGGGGUCCCGCAGGGCUCUGCGGGUGCUGGUGGACAUGGAUGGGGUGCUGGCCGACUUCGAGGGAGGCUUCCUCAAGAAGUUCAGGGCCAGGUACCCCGACAAACCCUACAUUGCCCUGGAGGACCGGAGGGGCUUCUGGGUGUCGGAGCAAUACGGGCGCCUGGGACCUGAGCUGAGUGAAAAAGCCAUCAGCAUCUGGGAAUCCAAGAACUUCUUCAUCGAGCUGGACCCGCUCCCUGGGGCUGUGGAAGCUGUGAAGCAAAUGGCAAAUUUGGCAGACACCGAUGUGUUCAUCUGCACAAGCCCGAUCAAGAAGUACCGCUACUGCCCUUACGAGAAGUACGCCUGGGUGGAGAAGCACUUCGGCCCCGAGUUUCUUGAGCAGAUUGUUUUGACGCGAGAUAAGACGGUGGUUUCUGCUGACCUGCUUAUAGACGACAGACCUGAUAUAACAGGGGCUGAGCAGAACCCCAGCUGGGAGCACGUGCUCUUCACGGCCUGCCACAACAAGCACCUGCAGCUGAAGCCCCCCAGCCGUAGGCUACAGUCCUGGACCGACGACUGGAAGGCCAUUCUGGACAGCAAACGCCUGCCGCCGGGCCAGGCCACCUAA